GGCACGCUGGACUCACUUGAAAGCCGCGCCGUGUGACGAUUCGAGCAUGGCGGCAUGUACACUGGUGGGUUUGGCGGCGUCCAGCGGAGUGCCUUUAUUUGUGAGGCAUGCUGGCCCUGGAAAGCCGCCAGCUUAUGCCCUUAUUGGAUCCUUGAAUGGUGUUCAUGUAUUUGGUGAAUCACAUGGAGUCACUCUUUGCUCUACAAGAACCAAAAAUGCAAGCUUUACCUGGAGGACCUACCAUGACAGCAUUCGUUUGGUUUUGAUACGAGGAAGUGAAGUUGUUGCAGACAGCUGUGACAGUAGACUGUUGGACCUUAUGUUUGCUUCCCUCGUCCUGCUGCUUGGCCUGGACAACCUUACCUCAGGAACCAAUAUUGAAAGACUCAAGAGAGAUAUCAGGCCUAGUUACCUGCUGCUAGACAAAUUGCUGUCACGAGCAGUAAACUCCAGUGACAACCUUGGCUUUUCUCACCUCACAGGAUGUGCAGAGUGUGUUAUACCACCAGAUCAGCACAUCCUUCAGAGUGAGCUUGAAAAAUAUGCUGAAGGUGUGGAUUCAUCCUGUGCUUGUGUGAUGAUGAAUGGCCAAGUGGUGUCUGGCACUCGCAGCUUCUGGUCAUUGUCUCACAUGGAGCUGGUUCUUCUCCCACUGCUAGUUGCUACCAAUACUUUUACUGUGGCAAGAGAUUUACCUAUAUAUCUGCCCGACAAGAGCCCCAAUGUACCAUUUCGGAUGCUGGUAGUAAAGUUAACUGGACACGUAUACGCAAUUACACUGUGUGGCCCCACGCCAACACUCACUGAAAUUAUACGUUUGGCAUCAUCCUCCUGGGCACCAGUGUAUCAGGUCCUGGAGUCCAUAACAACACUGCUGCCUUGGAAUAUUGCACCAGGCCUGCUUUCACAGAUUGAUCAUUCAGUAAUAGGGCUGCUUUUAGUAAACUAUGAUCAUAAGAAGUGUGUAAGUUGUGUUCAUCUCAGUGAAGAAUCAAGAUCUCCACCAUUAAAUACUGCAAAGAAAUCGGCAGCUUUAGAGGCUGUGUACCGGAGUGUUAUUGGGCCACUGCUACAGCCACCUGCUGUGCCUCCUGAUGACUUUCCUUCAAGGUUACAUCCAGACCACGUACCCCUGGAGUCGUAUGUUUCCACAGACAGCUACAAAGUGUAUGUGAUGCAGUCAUCUCCAUAUCACUUGUUGAUUUUGUAUCCUCCUGCACUUCCUAUUCAAAUAGCAAGAAAAGUUACCUUGAGAACACUAGCUAUAUUCACCAAAGGCAGUAUGAAGAUUUGUCGUCAUUAAUGGGGCAGUCCAUUGAGUGGCUUCCUGACAGGACCGACCAUUGUUCUGUACUGCACUUACAAGAUAGGUGAAGCAUUUGGAGACCUCAGAAGGUCUCACCUUAAGUAUGAACUGACUGAACUGUCAUCCAGUAAUCCUGCAAAUGCCUGAAGUUUGGUUGGAUCCUGAAUUCUUGAGGUUUCACUUCUAUGUGCAGCACAACAGCCAUCAACAGGACCUAAAGUAUAAUAUCAUCAGAAAACUAAGGUCAGUUGACCUAAGUGUUGCUCAUACAUAUUCCAGUGAUAUUUAGCUGCAAUUUCAUUCCAUGCAAUUAGUGAUGCAGCAAGAAUGGAAUCUUGCCUCACUCCUAUUUUUUUUUUA